AUGGAAAUAAUCAAGAAAAAAAGUAUGAUCAAGCGCCGAUGGAAUCCUAAAGAGGAUGAUCUGCUGCAGAAGCUAGUAGAGGAACAUGGAGCAAAAAAGUGGUCUCUGAUUUGCCAAUUGAUUCUGGGUCGAUCCAAAAAAUCGUGUAGGUUUCGAUGGUGUAAUCAGCUUAAUCCUCAAGUGGAUCAUCGACCUUUUACUCUUGAUGAACAUGAUAUUAUUAUCAAAGAUCAUGCAAAAUUUUGUAAUCAAUGGGCUAUGAUAUCCUGUUUGUUACCAAGUCGUACCGAUAAUGCGAUAAAAAAUCAUUGGAAUUCAUUCCUUAAACGGAAGUGCCCUUUGAUCUUUGAAGAUUUGACAUUCAAAAAUCCUCAACCACCAUUGAAGAAAUUUCAAAAUUUACCUCUUUCAGCAUUUUCACAAGUAAUGCCUGAUCUAUUAAUAUCUCUAAGUCGACAAGGAUCUGUUUUAAGAAAUUUUAGUUUAUCUAGGUUCCCUCAAUUAAUCCUCUAUCCGCCUGUUGCCCCACUAGUUGAAAUUAUGCCUUUUUCAUCAGUUUCUGUUGUAAUGGUCGAACCAUCAAUAUAUUUGAGUCCAUGUGGAUAUCAUAUGAGCAAUUUGGGUCUAUCUGGGAGUGAGAAAGAGCAUGGGACUUAUCUGAGAGUUGUUCUGAAAACUCUGAAAGAUCACCAGCUAUUUGCUAAGUUCAACAAAUGUCAAUUGUUGUCACAGUCGAUAGCUUUCCUUGGUCAUGUGGUAUCUGGUGAAGGGAUCCAAGUAGAUUCUCAGAAAAUUGAGGCAGUAAAACACUGGCCCAAAGCCACCUCUCAGACUGAUAUCAGAAGUUUCAUGGGUUCGGCCGGUCAUUAUAGGAGGUUUGUUGUAAAGUUUCAUUCAUAG